AUGGUGUUGCUGGCCGGGCCCGGGCCGGAGGGCGGCGGGGCGCGCCGCGUGCCCCCGCAGACGCCGUCCCCACCCCGGGGCGCUCUGGUCGAGGAGGACCCUGCCGACUACGAGGAGUACGAGGACUUCUCGUGUCUGCCCGACACCCGCAGCAUCGCCUCGGACGACUCCUUCUACCCUGUCGGAGGCGAGGAGGAAUACGGCACCGCGAGUGCGGGGAGCGUCCCAGAGGGCGUCCCGGAGGAGGCGACCCUCCUGCGCGCCGCCUGCGCCAACGACGUGGGGCUGCUGAGGGAGCUGGUGCGGCGGGGGCCGCGCGCUGAGGAGGUGCGGGAGACCGACCGCAACGGCCGGACUGGCCUUAUUGUCGCCUGCUACCACGGCUUUGUGGAUACUGUGGUGGUCUUAGCAGAGUGCCCCCACGUUGAUGUCAACUGGCAGGACAGCGAGGGGAACACGGCCCUAAUCACAGCCGCACAGGCAGGGCAUGCCACCAUCACCAACUACUUGCUGAACUAUUUUCCUGGCCUUGACCUUGAGAGGAGGAACGUGUUUGGGUUCACUGCCCUAAUGAAAGCCGCCAUGCAGGGCCGAACAGAGUGCAUCAGAGCCCUGAUGCUAGCAGGAGCAGAUGUCCAUGCCAGGGACCCCCGCCGCGGGAUGUCGCCCCAGGAGUGGGCCACUUACACUGGACGGGUGGAGGCUGUCCGCCUCAUCCAGAGGCUGCUGGAGCGACCCUGCCCGGAGCAGUUUGGGGAAAAAUACAAACCAGAGCUGCCGCUGCCUCCGGAGGCCGUUCUGAAGCCCUCGGGCUCCAAAAACUGCUUGCAGAAGCUCACCGAGCUCGUGCGGUCCACGCUGACCUCCCGCUCACGCCAGGGCCUGGAGGAUGGGGGUGUCCUGGACCACAUGGUCAGGAUGACCACGAGCCUGUACAGCCCCGCCGUCGCCAUCGUCUGCCAGACUGUGUGCCCCGAGAGCCCCCCCUGUGUGGGGAAAAGGCGGCUGGCGGUGCAGGAAAUCCUGGAGGCUCAGGGGAACCGGGACACGCACGCCCAGGAGAGUGACAAGAUCCAGGGCUCUGAGCAGCCAUUCCGGACCUCCCAGGCCGUCGGGGUCUCCAGAGAGGUGGCCCCGAGAGCCAGCCUCCCGUCUCCGCAGCUGCCGGGUGCCCCGCGGAGGACCAGCCUCCUGCCCCUGCAGCUGCUGAGGAGGAGCAGCGUGCGGCCCGGCGUGGUCAUCCCCAGGGUGCGCAUCAGCAAGGCGCCCGCGCCCACCUUCCAGCCAGAGCGGACGGCCGCCAAGGGCAGCACCAAGGACAGCGCCCACCUGCAGCUCCCCAAGUGGCGGUACAAGGAGGCCAAGGAGGAAAAGAGGAAGGCGGAAGAGGCGGAGAAGCAGCGGGUGGCGGCGGCGCAGAAGGAAAAGCGGGCGUCCUCCUGGAGGAAAAGGACGUGAGGGGUCAGAGGCCUGGAAGCGUGUGCGGUGGGGGAGGGAAGCAGCGGGGCUGCGCGCGGAGAGGGGUGCGGGUGUGCCUCCCUCCUGCCCUUGUCCCUCCCGCAGCGCUGCACCUCCCUGCGCAUCCCGGGCAGAGGAGCGCCCUCGGACCUGGACCCAGAAGUGCUCCCCGUUUGUUUGUUCAGGCUGCACCCUUGCGUGCAUUGGGCAGGGCACAGGUCGAAUAGCCUGAAACCAGUUCCCCUAGCGAUCAGUACACCUGGUGGGCAAAUUUGCCGCGAAGCCUACCUUUAGAACCUCACUUGGGAAAUUUAUAAGACCAAUUUAUCAAGGGGUCUGAAUAAUUUUGUAUUUUUAACCAUGAUCCAAUUUGCAGCAUUUUACUGGUGAUGGGGUUGUUUGUAUUUAAGACGGAUUUUAAUACAUUUGCCCGAAGACCCUUUGUUUAACAUACUGUUUCUGGCAAUCAUUAUUUGUGAUAUCUCUAUGAUUUCCUACAGAAUUUGUCGGGAGUCUCCCCUUUCUUGCUGUUUGUCUUUCCUUCUCAUUGGACGCGCACGUGCGCACCGUAUGUUCUUAUUGAUUUGAUUCAGUGAUUCGGAAUAUUUGUUUCUAUUUGAUGGAGGCAUUUCCUUUUCCAGCAAAAUGAUGACGUGAGACAGGGGAAUCAGAGUUCCUUGUGUCUUAUUUUAAAGCUCUCUUACUUAGACGGUAAUAAUAAUGAAGAAAAACCUGUUGUCAAAGCAUGAAACCGUGCAUCGAGAAGCAUGUACUUAUUGCUGGAACUAAGUAUUUUAAGCAAGGGACUUUAGAUAAACCGGAUGCAAAACCUUUAACAUAUUCAAAAAUAGAUACGAGAAAAAUCUAUUAUCUAAUAAAAUGGGGGCAAAUGUAAUAAGUUUUUACUGGAAAUACAAAAUUAAGUCCUCUGUACUCUUAGAUAAAUUGAAUUCAGAUAUCCUUAAAAUGUAAAAAAGAUGCAAAAGAAUAAGGCGCCAGAGUGAUACAAACCGCUGAGAAGGUGGAGGGGGUUUAGAAGAACAGGGAUUAGAACUGAAUAUUAAGCAAACUCGUUUUAGGCAAAUUCUCCUGGAGUGGGCUGGAUGGCUCCCUCCUCCAGACUCAAUUCCUGGUGUGGAAUUACUUUGAUUUUUCCUUGGACUGCCCGUGAUGUUCAUUCAGUCUAUCCUCAUGCGGACUUUGUAGAAUUUCCGAGAUGCGGGGACUUGGGCAGAGCACGUCCGUGAUUUGCCCGGAGCCCUGAGCUCUCAGUGGGAGUUCUGUCCAUACUUUUUUUUAAUCUCCAAAGCACUGAGAGAGUCUAAUGAAUCUCUGGCCAUCUGGGUUGCAGAGUAUCUGUCAUAUAUGCACUCUGACAGCACUUUAUUUUAAAAAUUCUCUUCCUCGGAAGCUGUAGAUUUAAAGUAGUGGGGACCGAUUUGGAAGCUCUUUCUUACAACCCUGGAUUCGCCAGUCAAAUCGUGCCCCCUGGCUGGGGUGUGAUGAGCGCCUGUCUCAUGACGUGGGCAGGAAUGGCGCUGGCCUCUCCCUAGUCCCUCCCACUUGGCACCGUGAGGCAUUGAGCUAUCCGGGGUCUCACACUCACCUCUCCAGAAACCUCAAUUAACAGGCUAUUGCGCCGCACCAACCUGAUGGGUAGCUGUGAUUAUUAAGUCAGAUUUUAGUGAGCUCCUCCCUCUUUCCAGAAUGGCCUAGAGGUCUGGACGCACUUUUAGCAUCACCGACACUGCGUGGCUGCAGGUCACCCUUGUGUCCAAGAGUUGGUAUUGGCCAAAUCCCCUUGGAUGAGACGAGAGCUGGUCCCCGAGGCGAAGAGAAACACCCCUAGUCUCCCUGACAGUACGACCCGGCAUCCUCUGAGAUCAUUGUCUGGUUUAUGUAUUUUCAUUGCUUUGAAUGGCUGGCUGCGUUUUCUCACUGAGGGGUCACCCUUUGCCUGCCGCUUGCUCGCUUCCAGCGUUGGUCGGGGGCAGGGGUGACGAUGGGCAGUCACCCCCUCCUGCUCUCUGCGUGUCCCCUCAGCUUCGUCGCCACAUUUCUUCCCUGCCUUCCUCGCUGCCCGCUCUCGUCCUUGCUUGCCUCUCCUUCCUUUGCCUGUUUUCUUUGGCAGCUGUGGCUAGUUGCCCUGAUCCUCCCUGGCACCACCACUCUGAGGUCUAAAAAGGGCGGAAAAGCAAGGCAAUUGUGAGAGGCAGUGUGGCGUCCCUGCUGAAUUACAUAAUGACCUCCACCGACCCAGUGACUGAAGGACAGAUUUCCCCAGCUUCUGUGCAGAUGGUUUAGGAUUUCGGCACAGCCCCCCACGCCUUUUAUUAUUAUUAUUAUUUUUUAAGAUUUAUUUAUUUAUUUUGAGAGA